AUGGAUAUAGAUAAAUCAUCUUUUCCUUCGCGUCUUCUUGACGUCCUUGAGGCUAUCGCAGAAGCACAUUUUGUGUCUUUCGAUCUCGAACUUUCCGGCGUACCUGUCAAGGGACAAGCAAAGGAAAAGCCUGGCAAACCCUCACUGCAGGAGCGCUACCUCGAAACCAAGAAGGCUGCCGAGCAGUAUCAGAUCUUACAGAUUGGCCUCACAUGCGUUAAGGACGAUGUGCUUGAAGGCACCUACGUCUGCAAGCCUUUCAACUUCAACCUCAGUCCGAUCCUUGAGGAGCGACUGGAUGUUGAUCGCACCUUUUCUUUUCAUAGUGGAGCUGCUGAGUUCCUGCUUGGAGUCGGAUUUAAGUUUGAUCUUCCUUUCACCUCUGGAGUCCCAUACUUGUCCAGGGAUGAAGCUCAACUAGCAGAAGAGAGAGCAGCCGCAAGGAACGACAAGUCAUCUUUCACCGAUAUCGAGAUCAAGCCAGAAGACGUGCAAGCUCUGGAGUUUCUCAGAAGGGUUCGAUCUGAGGUUGAUGACUGGCUCAAGACCGGAAAGCCGAGUGCGCACUCUGUUGUUAUCGGUCCCUUGGACACUAAUGAGAACGCCAACCCUGAGCUGAAUCGUUUCGAGAGACGGUUGGUGCACCAGAUCGUGCGUGCAGAGUACCCCGAUCUUGUUAGCAUACCCAACAAAGGCCUGGUCCGUGUCUCUAGACUUGAUCCCGAACGCGAGGAGUACAUUAAGGCUCAGCGCAAGCGGGAGGUUCAUGACCGGAUCGUUCGCCAAACAGGAUUCAGAUGGAUUGUGGAAGCUCUUUGUGGCAAUGCUCCUGAAGGCAUCGACGUCCGAUCAUUUGCCACAACUCCAGGAGGUGUUCCUGGGUUUGUCGACCUCGACCAGUUGAAGUCACGAUUCAAUCGCGCUAAGCACAUGAUUCGCAACAAGAAGACGGCUCUUUUCGGUCAUAACCUCUUCCUCGACCUAAUCUACUUCUACAGGACUUUCAUCGGAGCAUUGCCGGACACUGUGGAUGAGUUCGCCAGCUUAAUCCACGAGCUCUUCCCGAUCAUUGUUGACACGAAAUACAUGGCCACUCACAAUUGUGGAGACAUCAAUCCUCAGUCCUCCCUCGAGCAAAUAGCAGAGAAGCUUUCAGAACAACAAAAGCCUAGCGUCGUUACACACAAAGAUUACAACAAGUACACCGAUACUACGGCAUUCCACGAGGCUGGCUACGACAGCAUGCUCACAGCUGAAGUUGGUGUGCGUCUUUCAGCAAAACUCGAGCUCGCGGGAAAUUAUGAUCACGAUGAGCUACAGAACACAAUCCCGCCCACACCGCCAGAUGUUGACGGUGGUGGUGUCCAACUCGACACCAACACGCCUUCUGUAAUCAAUUCAGCGAUUGACAGUGUCAAAGGCCUCCUUCAGGCACCCCUGAAAGUUUUAGGAGGGCAGACAACCACAUCAAACCAGCAAAACAACCAGAUAGCAGACCAAUUAACACCGGAAGAUUCACUAGGCGAGCAAACCACCGAGCUAGAAAUAACCGAAAAUGAAUCGGGCACAGCGAGCAGAAACUCCAAGAAGAAGAAAAAGAAGAAGAACAAGAAGUCAAAGGCCACUACCCCUGCACCUCCAGCACAUCAAGGCGGUCGCUUUGCUCACGCCACAGCUUUCGAUCAACUUCAAGAUACCGUUGACGUUUCUGAGGAAGAUGAAGUGAAGACACCAGAGGUUCUCGAGUUUGACGCUUUGCCCUCUGAAGACGCACAUGCAUCUGAUCCUGUGGUUGCAGACACAGACGGUAUCUCAGACUCUCGUGCGGGAGCAGCUUGGGACACUAUUCCCGUGCUGGCAGCAGAGAACGCGGAUUGGGAGAGNCGCGAAGUUGGCACUGUGAUGCCAUCUUUCGACUCCGGCUUCUGGAAGGUCUAUGGUAACAAACUACGUGUCUUUGGCACACAGGAGGGAGUUGCCGUUUUGGAUUGA